AUGGCUUUCCGCCGGGCCUACUCCAUCAAAGACAAGCUGCGGGCCAUCCAACGGGUCAAGGAAGGCGAGCGGCAGGCCUCCGUGUGCCGAGACUUCGGGGUGCCCGGCGGCACCCUGCGCGGCUGGCUGAAAGAUGAGCGGAAGCUGUGCUGGUUCUUGGACCAGCUGGGCAGGGAGGUGGGCACCCACAGCAAUAAGAUGUGCCUGGCCAACGAGGAGGCCAUCGACCGGGCUGUCUACACCUGGUUCCUCACCCGGCGUUAGCACGGCAUCCCCCUCUCGGGUCCCAUCAUCCAGGCCCAAGAAGAAGCCUUUGCCAGGCAGAUCUACGGCCCCGAGUGCUCCUUUAAGGCCAGCCACGGGUGGGUUUGGCGAUGGCAAAAGAGACACGGCAUCUCCAGCCAACGCAUUUACCGUGAGACAGGGGACUGCGUUGGCACCGUGGGCAACAGCCCUGCCCUGAAAGCCACAGCAGAGUCAGUUCUAAUCUCUUCAGCCUUCUCUGAUCCUCUUCCAUCACCGGACACGAACCCCUCUGACAGAGGAGGCUACCACGUUGAGCAGAUCUACAACACCAGCAUUACCAGGCUCUACUGGAAGCUGCUGCCGGGCCAAGUCCGAGCACUGAGGACUUGUGAUCGCUCACAGCCUCCUGCACAUUCCCAGCCGCGGGUAAAAGAUCGUGUCGUGGUCCUGCUAGCUGCCAACCUCACUGGCUCUCACAAGCUGAAGCCCCUUGUAGUGGGAGAGGAGCAGGAGGCCCGCUGGCUCCAUCGCCAUGAUCGAGAGAAACUCCCAGUUUGCUAUCGCUACGGCGCCCAGGCCCACCUUGGCCCUGCCCUGCUCUGCCUCUGGUUCUUCGAAGACUUUGUGCCCGACGUGAAAAGUUUCCUGCGCCGUAAUGGUCUCCAACAGAGAGCCGUGCUACUGCUCAGUUGCCCCCCUCCGUCUGUUUGUGGUGGCUCUGGGGAUCUGCCCCAGCUGCAGACUCCAGACGAUUCCAUCCGAGCCCUCUUUCUUUCCAAGAUGGCAAGGGACUCGCCGGGAGGAGGGGGCCACCUCUCUGCCCCGCUGUGGCAAGGCAUGGUGUCCGCCUUCAAGCAGGUAUACAAGCGGGAAUUGCUCCGGCUGGCUGCUUUGUGCGCGGCGGGAGAAAGGAACUCGGAGGAGUCGGAUCAACUUGGCACAGGUUGGCUGGUGGACUUCAGCCACAACUUCCUCAAGGACAUGCUAAACCUUGCGGCCUUCUCUUGGGAUCUGAUUCCCGCAGGCACCAUUGAGAAAUGCUCCUUGGCUUACGGGCAGCCUUUGAGCCUUGCCCUGGAGAGAAGGAAGAACUAG